AUGCAAAUCAUCACAUCGCCUCAUGAAUUAUUCGAACGGGUCGAUGAUCCCACGCCACUCGUGAUGGGGGCGCUCUCAAUGAAGAAUAUGAUUGUCUCUCCAAAGGGAGAGACGUUUAUUUUCCGAUAUUUGCUCAACCACAUAAAUACUCACAGCAAUGUCGUUCACGCACUAUGCUCCGUAAUCGGAAGAAUCAUAAAGGUAAGCUACCUAACUGAUUUGCGUCAACGAAAACUGCUUUCCGAGAUGGGAGAAUUCUUUUCUGGAGGUCUCUUCUACCAGAAAUCAUUUUUCGUCCUGUAUCAUUUUCCUUUUCUUCUGAUCGUAGUAUUCGAAACCCACUCCACAUUCCGAAGCACUGCCAUCAUCUUCUGCGAUACCAUGCUUCUCCCGAUUCUCAAACAAACCCUUUCUUACAUUCCUACAUCCUCUCCUUACCCUCAACUCACUCCAGAAUACAUUGUUUUCUAUUCCUCCCUUCUCCGUCUCUUCAACGUGAUCCUUCAAUUCGAUUUCUCAGGAUCGAAGAAUGAAAGCAUGGCCGAUGAAGUCGAAAUGCUGCUGAUUCCUUCGGAUUGGUCGCCCUAUGUCACCUCUCCUUCCCUCCUCUCUUUCCUCUAUUUCAUUUACACCAACAGCGAUUGCACCCUCGCUUCCAUCGCUGCCGAGUCCGUUCUCUAUCUCACCUCCAUGCGACGAUCCAUCUUCAGCUCCUCUCCCGAUGCGAUCGGGUUUUACGGCGAGAUUCUCCGCGCUUUAAACAUCAUCAUCAAGCAACAAACGCACUUAGAAGACAGCACGUGCCAUUUACUCAUCUGCCAAAUCCUCUCCAAACUCAAAUUGAAUAUCCAGUUCAACGAGAUCAUCAAGUUCAAGGAGUUUCCAGAGUUUUUCCAGACCGUUUCGCAGUUUGCGACGUCGAGCAUCGAGCAAUACGGUUAUUUCGGCGAUUUCCUCUACAUCCUGAUUUUCUGGGCUCGCAUUGUGGAGUCCUUGCGAUACACCAACGCUCCCAUUCAAGACUACUACCCGCUCGAUAAGAUGAAGCAGGACAUUCUGAACGUGGUUCACGCGUUUGUCUACACAUUUCCAGAGCAUCUGGACGAGUUGAUGGACGAUUCGUUCGGAAACCCGCUUCUCAAUAUCGAUAAAUUCAUGAAAGACGAAGAGCGAUUAGGGAUUCUUUUAUGCUACGAUAGCGGGGUCGUGACGGAGUGGAUUCUGCAGCUCGCUACACCGCGAUGGCCGGCGCGCGACAUGCAAGAUUCUUCGAUCGUAGCGUGGAGCCUUCUGCUGAUUUCGAUCUUCCUGAAGCGGCUGAAAUUCACAGAUCUGCAGGUGAAAAGCAACAUGCAUUUGGACGCUUCGCGUCUCUGCUCGUUCGCGUUUGCGGUGUCCAAAGUGCUGAAUGAAGAAACGCCGUCGAUUCUCGUUGAGAAUUACAAGCUGAACGCGAUCGUGAACAUGCAGGGCGAGGGGACGAAGAACUACACAUCGCAGCGCAUCGAGGCCUUCAAAGUCUUCUUCACACGCAUUCUCGACGGAGAGGUCGCUUCCGUUCUCAACCACUUCAUCUAUUUCAUUCUCUUUUCCCUCGCUCUUCCCUCGCUUUCCUCGUUCUGCGUUUACCAGGCCGUCUCUCUCUUCGAUCUCCUCUCCAAAAACAUGAACGCGCGCGCCGUUCUCGUCCACGUCUCUUCCGUUCGCGCGCUCAUCGUCAAUCAUCGAGACACGCAGCUUUCCGCGCUCGCUCUCCCUGAACACAUGCGAUACCGCACCGUUUUCUACUGCGCACUCACGCAAAUCAUGCUGCACGCCGCGGUUCCCGGAGACUUGGAAGGCUUUACGAAGCCGUUUAUUAACGAACUGCAGGAAAUGAAGCAGAAGCAGCAGUUCGGCGCACUCGUUCCUUUGCUACGCGAUUUAACCGGCGUGUUUCGCGCGUGUGCCGACGAGAAGAACUUCGUGUGCUGCUACGACUUGCUUUGCCCGCUUUGCUUCGAAGUCGUCGAGCUCCAGAUCGACAAUGAAUGGGGAAACCCGUUCUUUUCCACGGCUCUGUUCCGCUUUCUGGCGGAGCUUUCGCUGAAUCGAAGCAGUCGAAUCAACAGCGACGAUCCGUCGCCUCGCAUCGCGCUGUUCUUCCGGUUCAUUGCGUCGAUCGCGCAGAAGUAUUUUAUCUUCGCAGCCACCCUGUAUCAAUCCUCUCCCAGUAAUCCUAUUUAUCCGAACUCCUGCCUCAAGGCGUUUCAGAUUCUAUUCGAAAUUCUAUCGAAUCUGUUCGCAGGGAGCUAUGUUCCUUUUGGAGCGCUUCUCUACUACAACGAUCCCUAUCUGUUCGAGCUAAUGUCUGCAAUUGCGCAAGCGAUUCCUGCUCUGGAUCUUUCUGGACUCGAAACGAUUCCGAAAUUGGGUGUUUCGUUCUUUAGUUUUCUGCGCGCUCUUUUCACUUCUUCGAUGCUGGUGGUGUCGUCGCUCCCUCGCGAUAUCUUCUUUUUGUUUGUUCGGUACUGCAUCGCGGGACUGUCUUCCGACAAUGAAUCGAUCGUGAAGUAUUCGUGCAGCAGCAUCGAUUCCUUGGCCACUUUCAUCUAUCACAAUCAUAAAAGUUGCAGUCAGAUCUGCCGACGCCUCGUCGAAUUCAUUCAGUCAGAGAACGAUUUCUGGUAUUUAAUCAUCGAGCAACUCUUCGAUGUCUUGCUCUUCACAAAGUCUUCUCUGCAGUGGGAUUUGUCGCGGCCGCUCUUGUCCGUGUUUCUCGUCGACGAGUCGUCCAUGCAGCGCUAUGCGCAGAAUCUCUGCCUGAAUCAGAGCGAGACGAUGGUGCAGCAGAUCGUGGAGGUCUUCGAGGAGCUGUCCAAGUCGGCGGAUCGCUCGCUGGAAACGUGGUCGCGCGAGAUGUUCACCAUCACUCUCACCAAACUCGUGAGGCGACUGACGCAGUUUUCCAUCCAGCGCCGCGAAUUCGCGUGA